AUGCGUGCUGUUCUUUUCCAGGGUGCAAACAAGGUUUCACUCGAAGACCGACCCGUUCCAAAAAUUCAAGAUCCUAAGGAUAUCAUAAUAAAAGUGCGAUAUACCGCAAUAUGUGGCAGUGAGCUUCAUGUGUUCAGAGGUCAUCAAGCUUCCGCAACCGGAUUUAUUAUGGGCCAUGAAUUUACCGGUAUAGUUGAUCAAGUCGGUUCCAAUGUUCAAGAUCUUAAACCCGGGGAUCAUGUUGUAUCCCCGUUCACCAUUAGCUGUGGCACAUGCUAUUAUUGUGCACGGGGGUUCUCAUCGCGCUGCAAGAAUUGCCUACUCUUUGGAUGUCCAUUGCUCGAUGGUGGGCAGGCUGAGUACGUCAGGGUACCACUGGCUGAGACGACAGUUAUGAAGGCCCCGGCUGGAAUUGACGAGCUGAAGCUAUGUCUCAUGGCAGAUAUCUUCCCUACUGGCUAUUUUGCGGCUUUCAAUGCACUCGGCAAAAUGUCUCGUGACAAAGCUCGAGAAAGUGUAGUGGUGUUGAUCGGUUGUGGUCCAGUCGGUCUUUGUGCUUUAAUUGCGGCUUUGGAAUACGAACCACAGUCUAUCUUGGUAGUUGAUGGCGUCGAAGAUCGAUUGAAAACAGCCAAAAGACUUGGAGGUGAGCCUUGGAAUUAUCUAACGCAUCCUGAAGAGCUCUUCCAGCGCAUUAAAGAACUGACGGAUGGUCGCGGUGCGGAUGUUGUUAUUGAGGUCGUAGGCAACAGCGAUGCUCUUUCUAUGGGGUUUGAACUUCUUCGGCCUUGGGGAAUUAUCUCAAGUGUCGGAGUUCACAAUGGACCAAUCCCUUGGAGUGGAAAUCAAGCGUAUGGAAAAAAUCUGACUAUACAAAUGGGCAGAUGUCCGGUUCGAAGCAUUUUCCCAGAAGCAUUGGAACUUCUCGAGAAGAAGCAACAUCUGUUGAAUUUUAUGACCGAGACAGUAUUACCCCUUAGUCAAGCCGUUGAAGGUUAUGCUUUGUUCAACUCAAUGAAAGCUCACAAGGUAAUAUUUGAUACUGAAAAGUAG